AUGAGCAGCAAUUCUGUGCGGGAGAACGAAGACCAUCACCGCGGCCACCGAAAGAGGGGAAGACAGGAAUUGAGGAAGAUUAAGAGAUCAUCCGGCAGAAGAACUGAAGAUGUAGAUGCUGAUAAAAUAGACUACGUGGCUGAGGAGCCUGUCGGCAGAAACGAUAAUGAUGCAGUGUCUGAUGUUGGUAGCGAGGAUGAUCUUGAUGUUGGGGAUGAAGAUGAGAAAAAGAAAAAAGUUUAUGACGCUUUACUGACCAUUCUCAAAUCCGAACAUCCAGAACCAAAGAGGAUGAAGACAAAGGCUGAGGAGAGCAGUGAUCGUACCACUCAAUCUGAUGGGAAUGAGAAUGCAGAGUCCGAGCCAGUUGACGACCAGUUAGAGAUAGAGAACGGUCUUUUGGGAGAUCGAGAGGAUGAAAGCGAGGAUGACGGCAGUGAAGAUGAGAAGCAUGACGAUGUAGAUAGCGAGGAUGAACAGGAUCCAUUCGAGUCGCACUUCAAUCAAGUCCCAGAGAAAGACGUCGACGAUUUGUCGAACGCUUUCAAGUCCAAAAACAUAAGAUACAAAUCUGUCAAGGCACCCCUAAACGGCGAUGAAUCGUACAUAUACGCCCAGCCAGUAGUAGUCGGUGAAGAGAGCUCUGUUGAAAGUCCCUACAAAUCAUCUUCCAUAUAUUCAUACUUUUUGAAACAAAGACUGAAAAUUCAAAAUGGGCUGCAGGAUAAAAAAAUCGAUCCUUUGAAUGCCUUGCAGAGAAAAUUAGUGGACCCUAUGUUCCAGUACAAAGAUAUACUGUAUGAGUAUGAUUCUUAUGAAAAGGACGAAGACGAAUACAGAGAUUUGUACACCUUACACGUAUUAAAUCACAUUUAUAAGACAAGAGAUAGAAUUUUGAAAAAUAAUCAAAGAUUGCAGGAUAAUCCAGACACUGAACACUUAGAUCAAGGUUUCACAAGACCAAAAGUGUUAAUUGUUGUCCCCACCAGAGAUGUCGCAUACCGUGUCGUUGAUAAAAUAAUUUCAAAAUCCGGUAUAGAUCAAGUCGACAAGAAGGGGAAAUUCUAUGACCAAUUCCGUGACGAUUCCUUGCCUCCAAAAUCCAAACCAAGAUCCUUUCAACACAUAUUUAAAGGGAAUACCAACGACUUUUUUGUUGUCGGUCUUAAGUUCACAAGAAAGGCCAUAAAGCUUUAUAGUAACUUCUAUCAAUCUGAUAUCAUCGUAUGCUCGCCCUUGGGUAUUCAAAUGAUCUUGGAAAAUACGGAUAAAAAAAAGAGGCAGGAUGAUUUCUUGUCUUCCAUAGAAAUAAUGGUCAUUGACCAAUUGCAUUCAAUAGAAUACCAAAACAUAUCUCAUAUUUUGACCAUCUUUGACCAUCUCAACAAAAUUCCAGACCAGCAACACGAAGCCGACUUUAGUAGAAUUCGCAUGUGGUAUAUCAAUGAACAAGCGAAGUUCUUCAGACAGACGAUGGUAUUUACAAAAUACAUUUCACCAACGGUCAAUUCGUUAAUCAACGGUAGAUGCCGUAACAUGGCAGGUAGAUGGAAAAAUCACAGAACAAUAGGACCGGAAACCUCCAGUAUCGGACAAUUGGGUUUGAAGAUUAGGCAAAUUUUUCAGAGAUUUGACACCAUAGGCAACUCAAUUGUAGAGGAACCUGAUUAUAGAUUCAAAUUCUUCACAAGUGUCAUGAUUCCCAGCAUUGUUAAAUCUACUGGUUAUGAAGAUGGUAUACUGAUUUAUAUCCCUGAUUAUACCGAUUUUAUCCGCAUAAGAAACUACAUGAAGGAAAAGACAACAAUUUUAUUUGGUGAUAUUAAUGAAUAUUCUAGUCAAAGACAGCUAAAUGCCAAUAGAUCAUUAUUCCAACAAGGCCGCUUGAAAGUUAUGCUGUAUACGGAGAGAUUGCACCAUUAUAGACGCUAUGAUAUCAAAGGUGUGAAAAGUGUAAUAUUUUAUAAGCCUCCAAACAAUCCCGAGUUUUAUAGUGAAACUGUCAGAUUUAUUGGUAAGAAUGCCUUUUCAGGUAACACUGAUUUGAACAUAUCCACUGUUAGAUGCAUUUACAGUAAAUUGGAUGGUAUUUCGUUGGAAAGAAUCGUGGGUACUAAAAGAGCAGCCGUACUAUCGCAUGCACAAAAGGAAGUAUAUGAGUUUAAGUGA